GAUGUCCCAUUUCAGACGUUUUUAAUGGCUUUCAUGAUCCUGGAAGGUGACUGGGAAUGUCUUGCAUCUGUGUCCUUUUUUGCCAUGAUUUAUGUGACCGCUUACUAGCCUACUCAUCUUACGGACACUUAUCGCGAGCUACGGCCUACGAAAUGUGCAGCUAAGUGCAACCCUUGGUGGUGCCGAUGUUGCUGAAAUCGGAGACUGCUUUGUUGUCCUGUAUUCAUGUACACAUCAUGUGUUCCAUUACUGUGGCCUGUCGCAAGUUAAUACUGGCUUACAUCAACGCAAAACUGCUCAUCUGCUCUUAAGCGCGACCGCGAUGCAGCAGCGAGCGCAGCAACGCCUCACGACUCGCCCCUUCCCAUGAUGCCGCGCGUUAGAACUCGCCUUCGCUGUCCGCGGUGCUGAAGCUGCGCGUGCCGGUGCCUCGACCAAAGGGGGAGGAAAGAAAAAUAAAUAAAUAAAUAAAUAAAUAAAGCUGAGCUCAGUCGCGCGAGGUGUCCUCCCUCAUCUCGUGUCCACCAAUUCAACGCUGUUGUUCGACAGAAACAUUCGAACGAUCGUGUAGAUUCUACACUGUUUUUCGCUCCAUUUUUUUCCUCGUUCCUUCUCGAUUCGUUUAGCGCCGAAGAUCAUUUGCGCGUGGUUGGUGUUAUUUAAGACGUCUCCAGGUUAUUGUCGCUCGAUCUCUUGCUCGCUGCUUGACUCGCGUCCUUUAUGCACAGCACGCUGCUCCAGCCCUUAAAGAGAACACAGGCGUCCGUGUCCGAACAGCAUGGACUGCUGCAGUCGCGCGUACUGAGCGAGAUGGAAGCAAAGCAGCACUCGAUCAAGAGCCUGAAAAGCUAUCCGGAGGCGGGGGGUCGGAGCCUGGCCGCGGCUGCGGGUGGAGACGGCGGCGGGGGAGGGCAUCGCGUCGGUAACGCGGAAACGGAGAUGGAGGCUAAAAUCCAGAAAGCGAUUGGCUUCAAACAAGAGGGCCAUCGUUGCUACAAGGAGAAGAAAUUCCGGGAAGCUAUCGGGAAGUACCACAGGGCUUUGCUACAGCUGAAGGGGAUACACGUCGUCGAUGGGACCACCGGGUCCGAGGUGAACCUGCUGAGCCAAGCAGCGGCCAAACUGACAGAAGAGCAGCGAAGAGCCGUCGAAAGCACGGAGAUCGAAUGCUACGACAGUCUGACAGCGUGUUUGCUUCAGUCCGAGCUCGUGAAUUACGAGCGCGUGAAGGAAUACUGUUUGAAGGUGCUGGGCCAUCAACAGGACCACUUCAAAGCCAUGUACCGCGCGGGCAUCGCCUUCUACCACCUGGGAGACUACGACUGUGCCCUCCGCUACCUCCGGGAUGCCAAGAGCCGCGAGCCCACGGACACAAAUGUGCUGCGCUACAUCCAGCUGACGGAGAUGAAGAUGAGUAAGAGUGGGCAGCAGGUGCGGGAGGGCAACAAAGAGGCUCUGGGUUAACAGCCUGUCUGCUCGGCCUGGCCCCGCCCCCUGCCCCGCCCAUGCACCGCCAUAUGGCCAACCCCCUUCCCACAAAUUGCUCCCCUUCCCCCUCUGCAUACCUCUCCUCCCAUGGACAAGCAGGACACCUGCGCUGUGUCCUUCUCUGAACAUUCAUUCCUAUGGCACAGAUGCUGACAAGAAGCCCCUUCGACUCUCCCCCUAUCGCUCUGAGUCCUUUUCGUCCCUUUAAAAUCAACUGCCCCGGUGCUUUCCGUUUCCCAGGUACUGACUGACAAGCCAACAACCGUAAGGGGGGGGGGGGGGGAAAUCCAUCUUUGAAAAAGCAAAAAGAAAUGCUGUAUUAUAACUGUAGAAAUGGUAACAGUCUGAAGAUUAGCAUUCCCACAGCCACCUUUUCACGGACAUUGCGUUAUAUUAUUUGGGAAGUUCAAAGAGCAGUGGAGGGUAGCUGUAGAGAGACGGAGGUGUGUUACCGCACGUAUGGUUACUAUCUUUAACCCCAACAGAAGAGCACACAUAUCACAGCCACAGCGCUAUGGCAUAAUGGACGCUAACUAGGGCCUAGGACUAAGCAAAUGACCUUUGAACUCAAACCGACUGCAUUGAAGGGCGUUUCGUCUAUCCCCCCAAGCCCCUACCGCUUCUCUCCCUGGGCUGAAGAGAGUGGGAGUGAGGGUGGUCUUUCAAAAUAUGAUUUCCAUCUUGCUGGAUACUGCUGACACCUAUCUGCAUUUACCUGCUUUUGUUCUUAUUUUCCUUUCUCUCUCUCUCUCUCUCUCUCUCUCUCUCUCUCUCUCUCUCUCUCUCUCUCUCUCUCUCAAAAUCGGGCAUAUAAUUGAGUUUCAGAACUGUUUCACUUUAAGGGCUAACUCAAGUGUUUGUAAUUUGUCCUUUAAUACCCAGCGCUUUUCUCUUUCGGUUGACUGUUCACUGGUCAUUGUACAGUACUAAGAGUCCUUAAAGCAAGCUUGUAAUGUUUGUCUUUCUCCCACGAACAAAAAAAAAAAAAAAAGCAGAUUUGCUCUCCUGAUGUUAACAGGUGUUCUGUGAACCCAAACUUUUAAUUUGUUGCCCAUUUCCUUUGACACACAGCAAAACGUAAGCGCCUCACCAUCCCUACCAGGGACCGACCACUAUUCCUGACCAAGGCAAAUUCUUACAUAGCACAAAAUUCAGACAGAGAUAAAACAUGUAGUGCAGCUGUCCACUGUACUGAAGCACAUCUGCUCUAAGGAUUAUCUGCCUACAAGCAUGUACUGCUUGUCUCUUCAAGCAUUUUUUAGUUUUAGCUAUACAUGAUCAGAUUAAUCAUGAACAACUCCUGGUUUUCCUAAACAGUUUGUAGCUUGUACCAAUCAAUUUUGAUACAUAUUCUUUUAUAUAUUGUUUUAUCAGUCUGUUUAAAAUGUCAUCCAUCUUAUAGUGUUGCUGUUAGUAAUGUACCAAAAUAAGUGACAAACAAAAAAUUUUUGCAGGAAUGCACAAGUUCAUUGAAAUUAGCCCACUAGCUCUCGAUGACUUUACCAAACCUAGUUUUGUUUAACCUUUGUUUUUAACAUUGGAGUCAUUAUCAUUGUCCAUUAAAUGGACAAUUCUGGCUUCAUUCACAACUUGAACUGGAAGCAGCCAUAUUUAGUCCCGUUCCUGCAUAUAAAAUCAGUGUGCGAAUGGGACACUCGCUAUCCAAAAUGCAGGCACUUUUGACAGGAGUCAUCGCUCUUAGUUUUCAGCUUGCAUUAGCAGCGUCGUAGCUGGAGAUGGCCAGGGCUGCCAUUUCUACGUGACCUAAUACGAGCCGCAGAGAUAAUUGUGUCAGUGGGGCUCUGGGGGGAUUUGUUGCGAGCAAGGAUUUAGAUAAGGAGGGACAGUGAGGUGAUGUUGAACACAGAGAAGGGUGGAGUCUGACCCAACCUUUUGCUGCCAGGGGCGAUUGCAGGGGACGUGAUGCUCUCUCUUCUCCAUGGCUCCCUCACUUUCCACGUCCUCCUGUGACAUUGUAAUUCUGCUUGUCUUUGUCUUUCUAGUUCUGCUUUCUAUUUUUUAAAUCUCUGUUUCUUUUGUUCCUUUAGUUAUUUUCUUUCACUUGUAGAGAACAAAGACGAUACUGACGCAUUAAUGGAGUCUUGGUUGUGAGCACUGUUAGCCAUGUCUCUUAUGCCCAUGUGUGCUGGCUCUCCCCGGUUAAGUCUACACAGAUAACACACUGAUAUCACAGGCCUGUGUGACUGUUGUCAUGUGACAACCACAAAAGCACAAAGUGAGAGGCUGAACGGACAAACGAACAAAUUACCCAUGCUUGUUCCCUUCGAUGUCACGUGAGGUAGAUGUUUGUUGAGUGUUCAGGUAGAUACGUGUGGCUUUGAAACAGUUGUAGAAAACAAUGGCUGUGGAAAGCUUUAUUUUCCUUUUCUUGUUUUAUCAUUAUAUGAGAAAGUAACUGAGAAAUAAAAUAUAAUAAAAGAGAUUAUGAAAAAGCUAUUUAAGAUCAAGAGGAGGACCUCGGUACCUGUAUAUAUGUUACAGAUUUCUUUUCUGUUUAUUGACUUUUUAUGUGAUGUCAUACCUUUGCUCUGAACUGUCCUUGGGUUUGGAUUAUGCCCUUUGACCUCCCAAGUGGACGUUCAUCUAAACUGGAAUAAACAUUCUGAGGGUGAGAGAGGGAUGAUUUGAGCAAAGCAGGGAAAGGGGGCGGAGACCGUGCCGACCUGAGCCAGACAGAAAGCCUCACUGCUCCCCUGCUGGUUUUCCCUUCCUUUGCCUGUUCUGGAGAGAGAGAAAGUGACUCAGAUCCUCUGGUAAUUAUGGUUCUAAGCCUCACCAUCUUGCUGUUUCAUUCUUCUCCCCCUCUUAGGGGAGAGGUCUUACUGGUUUUUUCCAACCAAAUUGGAAGACCUGAGAACUAGUUACAUUUACCUGCAAGCCCAGGAAUGCACUAUUGAUUGGUAUUUUAAAGACUACAAAAUAAACUAAGGAAAGAAAAACA